AUGGGCCAGGAUUAUUACUCCGUGCUCCAGAUCACUCGCAACUCGGAGGAUGCCCAGAUCAAGAAGGCGUACCGGAAGCUGGCCCUGAAGAACCACCCGCUCAAGUCCAGUGAGCCGGCUGCGGUGGAAACCUUCAGGCAGAUAGCCGAGGCCUACGACGUGCUGAGCGACCCUGUGAAGAGAGGCAUCUAUGACAAGUUUGGAGAGGAGGGCCUGAAGGGCGGUGUCCCGUUGGAGUUUGGAUCCCAGACACCGUGGACAACGGGCUACGUCUUCCAUGGCAACCCUGGCAAGGUUUUCCACGAGUUCUUCGGUGGAGACAAUCCCUUCAGUGAGUUUUUUGAUGCAGAAGGAAAUGAGGUGGAUUUGAACUUCGGGGGGCUCCGGGGCCGAGGGGUCAAGAAGCAGGAUCCCCCCAUUGAGCGAGACCUGUAUCUAUCCCUGGAGGACUUAUUCUUUGGCUGCACCAAAAAAAUUAAGAUCUCCCGGAGGGUGCUGAACGAGGACAGGUACUCUUCCACCAUCAAGGACAAGAUCCUGAUGAUCGACGUGAAGCCUGGCUGGAGGCAGGGCACACGCAUCACGUUUGAGAAGGAAGGGGACCAGGGCCCCAACGUCAUCCCAGCGGACAUCGUCUUCUUCGUGAAGGAGAAGCUACACCCUCGCUUCCGCAGGGAGAACGACAACCUCAUAUUUGUGAACCCCAUCCCUUUGGGCAAGGCCCUCACCUGCUGCACGGUGGAGGUGAAGACCCUAGACGACCGGCUGCUCAACAUCCCUAUCAACGACAUCGUCCACCCCAAGUACUUUAAGAAGGUGCCGGGCGAGGGCAUGCCCCUGCCAGAGAACCCGGAUGAGAGGGGCGACCUCUUCAUCUUCUUCGACAUCCAGUUCCCCACCCGCCUCACACCGCAGAAGAAGCGGAUGCUGCGCCAGGCACUGCUGACCUAG